CAAUUUAUGUCAACACGUUUCUGUAAAAAUUAUUUGUUUAAAUACUUUUUAAAAGGUUUAAUUAGAAAUAUACUUUGGGAUACUUUCCAGAUUGCAAUAUGAACGUCAAGUUAGUUUUACGUCGUAUGAUUUACAGUGACGGGAUGAACCCGCUCAAGCACUCUGUUAUUUUUGUAAUUACUUUUUUCUUUUUUAUUAAUACCAUGACAACAACCAGUCUUUUUUCGUACUUGCCAAAACUUGUUAAGUCAUUUGGAGCAUCAGAAGUUCAAGCAGGAGAAGAUGCUGGAUUAAUUGGUUCUUCAUUGUUUUUUUCAAGAAUAUUUAGCAGCUUACUAUGGGGUUACUUUGCUGAUAAAUAUGGUAACAAAAAGUUGUUGUUUUUAUCAUCUAUUUGUAUUGCAAUUUCCACACUCGCAUUUGCUUUCAGUCGAUCAUUUACUUGGGCUUUUGUUACAAAAUUGUUGCAAGGUGCAGCAAUGGGUGUCGUUAUUAUUACAAAAAGUAUUGUGGUAGAUGUUUGUGAUGACACAAAUGUAUCUUUGGCUUUUUCAAUUUUAUUUACUGGCUAUCACCUUGGCGAAGUUAUAGGGCCAAGUUUAUCAGCUAUACUAGUUUUUCCGGCUGAGCAAUAUCCUAACGCAUUCAGUAAAGGUCUCCUAUUUUAG